UUAAUCGAGAUUCAGAAAUAGAAAAAAAAAUACUCUUACUUUCUAUUUUACUUAUAAACUAAAAGUCUUCAUCAAGUUCACACAGAUGAGGUUUGACAAAAGCAGAUGGCGUAGCAUUCAUGUUUUCCUGUUAUUAAGGGUGUGAUAUUAGACACCAUAAAAUUAAAAUGGGAAAUGAAAUCUAAUUGAAGAAAAAGAUUUCUGUUUGUGAACUUAAUAUUGAACUAAAGUUUAGUAUUUUUUACCAAUCGCAAUUGGAAUAGCUACAGAAUUUGAGUUUCACUUUCAGAAAAUAUUUUUAGUUUGUGGCAGGAAACAACAAUGUCGUUAAUAUCAUUAUCAAUGAUACCAAAGAAGAUGGUGAAACAGAUGUGUAGUCUAGCUGGUAUAAGACGAUCACUGGCUACCAUGACAUCCACUUCUACCUCUCGGAAAAAGGGUACAAUGUUAGCUCACCAAGAAUCCUUACUUCAACUUCCAGUUCCUCCCUUACAGGCUUCUCUGGAAAAAUAUUUAUUGUCUGUUCAUCCCCUGUUGACAGAGGAAGAGUUCCAUCAAACUGAAAAGAUUGUAAAAGAAUUUGGAAAACCUCAAGGCUCAGGUGAAAAGCUGCAUGCUAUGCUUCAAGAACGAGCAAGAAACACAGAAAAUUGGCUGUCUGACUGGUGGUUGUCUUCAGCUUAUCUAGAGUUUCGCAUGCCUUUAGUAGUGCACUCCAAUCCUGCUGUAGUAUUUCCUCCUGUGGAUUUCAAGUGUAAAGAUGAUCAGCUCAAGUUUGCUGCUAGAGUUAUAGCUGGAGCACUUGAUUACAAAAUGAAAAUUGAUUGUGAGAUGUUACCUACAGAAAUGGCUGGAGGAAAACCUCUAGAUAUGAUGCAGUACUUCAAAAUAUUUUCUACAUGUCGUAUUCCUCAACAUCCUGCUGAUAAACUGAAGUAUUUCUGGCAAGAUCCAGUACCCCCACAACAUAUCAUUGUGAGCCAUAAUAAUCAUUAUUUUCAAGUAGAUGUUUUUGGAGGAGAUGGGUUACCAUUAGAUGAGAAUCAGCUUCUGGCUCAGUUACAGAUGGUGGUAGAACAAUCUCAACACUACAAAGAUCCCAUUGGUGUUCUCACCACACAACAUCGAGAUAGCUGGGCAAGUGCCUACAAAAGGCUUUGUAAAGUUUCACCAAACAAAGAGUCUGUAAGUACAAUCCAGAGAGGUAUCUUCAUGCUGUGUUUAGAUAAGCCAAUGCCUGAUUUAGGUGCACCCAAUAGACUGACUCAUGCUUCACUUCAGGUUAUUCAUGGAGGUGGUAGUGGUGGAAAUAGUGGCAACAGGUGGUUUGAUAAAGCCGUGCAAUUUAUAGUGGGGGAAGAUGGAGUUCUUGGUUUGAACUUUGAACACAGUCCUGCUGAUGGACCACCAGUUGCUAACCUGAUGGACUAUGUCAUGGACUACAUCAAAAAGUCUUCCAGUAGUCAUUGGUUACCAUCUACUAAUGUCAAGCCUCCUCAGCGUCUAAAGUUUAGACUUUCUCCUGAAACUAUAGAUGACAUUGAUGAGGCCAUGCAAGACUUGGAUAAGAUGGUCAAAGAUUUAGAAAUGACUGUUUUCAAGUUUAAUGGCUAUGGUAAAGAGUUUAUAAAAUUGCAGAAGUUGAGUCCUGAUAGUUUUAUUCAAAUGGCAAUUCAGUUGGCUUUUUACAGGUUACAUGGGCAACCUGCAGCUACUUAUGAGUCUGGAUCAAUACGCAAGUUUCUUCAUGGUCGAACAGAGAACAUCCGUUCCUCAUCUAUAGAGUCUCUGGACUUUUGCAAACAGAUGAUGGACUCCAGUUCUCCCCCUCAUGUCAAAGCUUCAGCUUUGCGCACAGCUAUAGAUGCUCACAAAGAAUAUGGCUUACAGGCUACAAAUGGUCAUGGAGUUGACAGAUUUCUCCUUGGACUUAAGAAACUGGCUGUGGAGAAUGGCAUGGAUGUUCCACAAAUCUUUCUGGACACUGGAUAUAAUGCUAGUACCCACUUCCGUUUGUCCACCAGUCAAGUACCAGGUAUUUAUGACAUAUGUGUCUCUUAUGGACCACUUGUUCCUGAUGGUUAUGGUUGUUGCUAUAAUCCACGUACAGAUGGUAUAAUCUUUGGGCUUUCUGCUUGUAAUAGCAGUCCUGAGACACACUCCACUAAGUUUAAAGUUGCUCUUGAGAUGAGUCUGAUGGAGAUGCACGAUGUAUUGUUAACAGUUCAGGGAUCUAAACUGUAAUAUGUUACAAAAUGAUAAUCAGGUAAUCUGAUCAAGCUAGCUAUGAUAUAAGAGUCUAAAUAGACUGUGAUAAAAUAAGGAAAGAGUUGCAGGUAUUUUUGUAUGAAUUCUAGAUUAGAAAAUUGAUGUAUAAUUAGAUGAUUUGGAUCUGUAAGUAUGAUGCUUAAAGGAUUGUUUUGUGAGUUCUUUUACUUCCUUUGGCAAAAAAAAGUUUAUGAAAUCAAUACAUAUGAUUGUUAUAGCUUAACAAAUAUCGGGAAAUGUUUCAGCAUUGGCUGUAAAUGUUUGAUGUCAUUACUUUAAGUUUGAUCUAGAAUUAACAACUAUAAAUGCAUAAAUCUAAAGCUUCAAAUAUAAAAAUUGUUUGUGCAAUAUUCUAACAAAUCCAGUUCUUUUUCUUUUUUGCAGCAUCAGUGAGUUUUCAACUUGCUUGAAACAUUAUAAUCAUAUAUAUUUACACCAUGAUUUUCAGAACACUGCUCAUUUUACAAACCAAUUUUUUGUUAUACAUAAUGCUUUAGAAAUCAAAAGUGGUUGAAGGGCAUCAGAAUAGGGGACAUUUGUAAGUAGAAUCUUAGUCAUUUAAAGUCAAGAAAAAUCAAGUUAUUAGUAAAAAUUGUUCAAGAGGAAAAUGAGGGAAUCCUUAAUAGUUGUGGCUGUAAUUAGAUCUCAAAUCGAUCAAGAGAUGGAGCUAUGAGCAAAAGCUUGUACUUGAAAAAAUACUCAGAGCUAUUCUAUGAGCCGAGGCUAAAAAAAUAUAAAUAUAAUUGGUCAAAUUUAAUAUCAAUCGUUAGUAGUUGCUGUAAUACAGAACAGAACCAUAAUUAAUAUGUAAUUGAAAUAACGAAACAGCAUAUCACAACUUUUAGAAUAAAGUAAAAGCCAUAGCAGAACUUUACUGUUGGAUAGGGUCUGACUAUAGGGUCCAUGAUUCAUUAAAAUCUAUCACUAAAAAUAAAUACCUUGAAUGGUUCCCUGACCUAACAGAAUUUAUUCAUUUUACUUUACUCUGUUUACUAUUGGAGUAACAAAAGGUCACUGUGCACUAAAUUUCUUGUUCUUAAAAAAUAACAUAUAUACUCUUUCCACAGAUAUAAAUAACUUAUUAGAUUUCUGUAUUAAUAAACCAGUAAGAUCUAAAAAAAAUUCUACUUGCAUUCAAUACUAAAUGUUUCUAACUUAUGUCCUUCUCAAGGAAUUUGUUAAUUUCAAAUAUGUUGUUGUUGGAGUCUGAAAACAAUUUUGUAUCAUAAAAAAAUGUAUGUUUUACAGACCUUGAAAUUAUUAUAAGCAUUUAAUUUGAAUUUAAUUUAGUUUGUGAAUAUUCUUAUUUAGUAAUGAUCUUUUUAAACAUUUAAAGUGGAAAAUUUUAGUUUUUCAUACAGGUCGUUGUAAUAAUAAAUAAUGCCCAGGCAAUAGUUGACACCUUUUCCCAACUUACUAUUUUUAAAAAAUAAAUUUUACUAGUUGUCUGUCCUUACUGGAUGUUUCUUGCUCUUUUAUUUUAAACACUUCAUGUUGAAAAAGCCUGUAUAAUAACUAGUGUUUAUAGUGAUUAGAAAUUUUGGAUUUUAGUGAUUACUGAUACACCUGGUAGUUGUUUGUUUUGUAUGUGUAAUCAUUUAAGUAGUUUUAACAAAUUCACAGCUUUUUUAGUAUUUUCAAAUAAAAAGCAGUUUGUUGAAGAAAUACCUGUUAAUAGGAAAUAAAAAAACUUGUUUAUGUA